AUGUCCGUUACAUUACACACAGAACUCGGUGAUCUUAAAAUCGAAAUUUUUUGUGAGGCUGUACCUACCACAGCAGAAAACUUUUUGGCUUUAUGUGCAAGUGGAUAUUAUGAUAAUAAUUUGUUUCAUAGAAAUAUCAAGAACUUUAUAGUACAGACGGGAGAUCCAACAGGAACAGGAAAAGGAGGAAAUUCAAUUUGGGGAAGAAAAUUCGCUGAUGAAAUCAAAUCAUCUUUAAAGCAUAAUGCAAGAGGUAUUGUAUCUAUGGCAAACAAUGGACCAGAUACUAAUGGAUCACAGUUUUUUAUUACCUAUUCGAAAUUGCCUCAUUUGGAUACAAAAUAUACAGUUUUUGGCAAAGUAAUUGACGGUGCAGAUACAACAUUGGAUGCUAUUGAGAAAGUUCCUAUUGAUGAAAAAAAUCGACCCAUCCAAGAUAUUCGAAUUAAAUCCGUAACGAUCCAUGCAAAUCCAUUAGCUGAUCUGGUUGCAACAAUAGUUGGAAUAAUUCUGGGUCCGGCUUGUUUAAAAUUUAUUGAUCCAAUGAAAUGGACUGAAGAAGAUACGGUAACGGAAGAAUUAAUGCGUAUUGUACUUGCAUUUCAGAUUAUGGCGGCAGCAAUUAAUUUGCCUAG